GCUGAUCCACAUGGUUACAUUUUUUAUAGCCUAGAUCAGACAGCAGGAAUUGAAGAGAGGAGCCACUUGCCCACAUGAUGCCUCCAUUUGAGAAACCACAGCAGCCCAAGUCCUUCAAGCAGAGAAAAAGCUUUGCCACGAGAAAACAGGAGGUCGCGGGGAUCCGAACAAAGUUUCCAACAAAAAUUCCGGUUAUCAUUGAAAGGUAUCAACGGGAGAAGUACUUGCCGCCUCUUGAUAAAACGAAAUUCCUGGUCCCCCAAGAACUUUCCAUGACUCAGUUUGUCACCAUUAUAAGAAAUCGUAUGUCUUUGAUGCAGAGUCAAGCGUUCUACCUGCUUAUCAAUAAUAGUGGCCUGGCCAGCAUGUCUCUUACCAUGGCGCAAGUCUACAAGGACCACAAAGAUGACGAUGGCUUUCUCUACAUGACUUAUGCUUCUCAAGAAAUGUUUGGUAAUUGUGUUUAAAUUCACGAGGAGUCAUUGCCAAUUGCUGGAAAUGUUUGAGAAGACAUAAAUUGCAGGAUUGGAUAAUGUGAGGCCUCGGCUUUUGGCAGGCCCAAUAACUGAACUUCGUGUAUAGAUAUAAAAUGCAAUAUAUGGAUAUUUAAUAUUACUCAAUGUUUUUGUAUAUUGUUUUUAAGGUAAUAAAUGUUUCAAACUUU